AUGAAACUGCGCUUCAUGGUUGGCGUAACGACGACAGCUUGGCAGAGACUGGAGAAGGGAAUAGUGACCGGGUGUACCAUCUCAGUUGUCCUGUUUGUGAUGGACAUGAACCUCAUAAUCAACCCUGCAAACAAAGAAACGCGUGGGCCAAAGACAUCUACAAGGUUACACCUACCAACAAACAGAAACUUCAUGGACGAUCUGACAGUGACAACACAGACACACAUACAAGCCAGAUGGGUACUGAAGGCAUUGGAGGAGGCAGCCACCUGGGCUAGAAUGAAUUUCAAACCCAAGAAGUCCAGAAGUUUGGUAAUCAAGCGCGGAUCAGUCACAAAACGGUUCACCCUACAAGUCCAAUGCGAAGACAUACCAUCAAUUAUGGACAGUCCCAUAAAGUGCCUGAGUAAGUGGUUUGAUUCGAGCCUUAGUGACAAAGCAAAUGUAGAGCGCAUCAGAUCACAGCUCCAGGAAGGGCUUAAACAAAUCGACAAGUCCGCUUUACCAGGAAAUUUCAAGGCAUGGCUCUUCGAGAAUGCGCUUCUCCCCAAACUGAUGUGGUCCCUUAUGCUAUAUGAAAUACCUACAUCCUCUGUGGAAUGCUUGGAGAAAACGAUCAGCAGACACCUGCGCCGAUGGCUGGGAGUACCACCAAGCUUUACCAGCAUCGGAUUGUAUGGGCGAUCCAACCAGCUACAACUCCCGCUAUCAUCACUAGUGGAGCAGUUCAAAGUUGCAAAGACACGACUGGUAGUGACGCUCAUGCAAUUACAGGACAGUUCAAGCCGAAACGCUGGGAUUGAAACUAGCACUGGAAGAAAGUGGUCAGCAAGCCAAGCAGACGAACAAGCCGAGAAAAGACUCCAGCAAAAAGACAUUGUCGGCAACACCGCUGUAGGCAUACAGGGGCUAGGCAGUUCCAAGAUAACAUUAUGGAGCUCUGAUGGAAACAUAGAAAGGAGGAUAAUGAUGCAAGAUGAAGUUAUAGCAGCAGAAGAAGAAGACAGAAGAGCGAAAGCUCUGGCUAUGGGUGCCCAAGGUGCGUGGACGAAGUGGACAACGACAGAAAGAAAACUGACCUGGGCUGAUAUUUGGAGCUACGAACCACUGAGGAUAACGUUCCUGCUCAGAUCAGUCUAUGACCUGCUUCCGUCAACCUCAAACCUGCACAGAUGGGGUCUACAGGAACACCCUAAGUGCCAAUUGUGUGACAAGACAGGAACCAUGGAACACAUUCUGUCAUCGUGUGCCACAGCCCUCAUCCAAGGACGCUACAGGUGGAGACAUGACAGUGUUCUUCAGGAACUCGCUAAUAAGUUGGAACGUGAGAGGACCAAGUAG